AGGUGGAGGCAGUUAAUGAAGCCCUAACUUUUACAUUUCUCUCAAUGAGAAGCUUUGUGCCUGCCUCUUAUCUGCACGCCUCCUGACAAUAGCCAUCCAGUUACUGUGAAGUCAGCCUUGCACACAAGCAGCACCACAGACAUGAGCCACACAGCUGGGGAUCUGCUGAUCGUCUACGACACUGAGGCAAAGCAAUGGGCUACCUACCUACAGUCAGUUUUCACUGGUCCCAUCUCAGAGGCCGGGAUCUGCUGCUAUGACAUUGCUGCAGCGACCACCCCGAAGGGUGAUUUCCUGAGGCUCGUCCAGUAUACCUGCAAGCUCCUAAUCCUUUCCAAGGGCUUGCUGGAGGGUCUUUGCCCGACGAAACGCUUCUUCCUGGGACGCGUGUUGAGUCCUGCGGCUCAUGUGGUGGUUCUGCUUUGUGGGGUGGAGAGCCUGAACCCCCUGCUAGAGCUGGUGCCUCUGAACGGUGAUGAGUGCACGCAGAUCUCUAGUGAACAAGACGCGUCUGAGUACCUGUCCACUGUGAUGGACACUGUGAGAAAAGCCUCAGCAGCAAAUAUGAACCCCAUGACACACAAACCAUCAGCAUCAGAGCUGAAGGGGGUGCAGAUGCAGUUGUCUGGAGCUGACAGCGCCAGAUCCAGCAUUAUGGUCGUUCCUUCCAGAGUUCCCUGUGGGAGUUCUAUGGAAGUGUUCAUUCUCCUGAAAAAUGAGGUGGCUGGCUCUGACACUGAAGUUGAGUUUACGGGUAAGAGUCGGACGCUAAGAGUGAAGCCUCUCCGCUGGAAUGAACGGAUCCUAUGUGUCAGCGCCCCAGAUUUUCCAGCAGGAAAUGUAAGAGUGACUGUCUACAGCGGUGGAGUGCCGCUGAAUGAUGCACAGCUGCAGUACUACAACAACAUCGAGGAAAUCGCCUGUCUGCUGUCGAGGGUAACAGACCCUGUAGAUUUCAUGUGUCAGGCUUUUCAGGUGUCCUCUGUGGACACGCUGGAUCAGAAACUGGCCUCCAUGCUGUUGGAGAACAUGCCCACGGGAGGCUUUCAAGGACUGCAGUGUGAAAACGCACCUGAAAGAGAGCUCCACCGUGCAGAGGUGCCCUCGCUCCUCCACUUCGCCGCUCGGUACGGCUUCAGAAAUGUCUCCAGCCUGCUCCUGCAGUGUCCAGGUGCUGUAAGAACACUCCGCACGGCCAAUCGUCACGGACAGACUCCCGUUCAGAUUGCCAAGAGUCACGGCCACACAGAGGUUCACGUCAUACUGAAAGAGAUGCUGAAUAUGUUCGGCUCAGGCGGGGACAAUGACGACGCCAGCGUGUACGAAAUGAUGUGCAAUGCAGGGAAUCUUUCCAUCACAGACACACAGAAACCGCAACAGGUGGAGGAAAAAGAGGGGGAGGAUGAAGAUCUCUACGCACCGCUGGGGGUGAAUGGUGAAUACGACACCAUCCUGAACUCAGCUAAAGCAAAAGCGGUGGUCAUUGCCAACCGCCCACCAGCACCCACACCCCGGCCUGAAGGCACCCAGUUGAUGGACAGCAAAACCCCUUACAUCACUCAAGUGUUCCAGAGGAAGAAAACACCAGGCGAUGGAGAUCUCUACUCACUUCCCUCUAAACAAGCAGCACGCGGGCGAGAAGGCAGCGCCUCUACCACCUACGACACCUUUGUGCCAAACCAGAUAGACGGGCUUCAGCAGCUCAUUGAGUUCCAGCAGCAGGUGAAGGCGGGCUCACUUACUGUGGACGAGGCUCUCGAGCUCUUCAGCGACUGGCAACAUGUUCAGAAAGACUUGGAUGCAAAGCAGCAGCAGAAGCUGAGCCAUCUGAGAGCCACUAUCAUAAACAACAGAGAGGCAGAUGACAGCGUCUAUGAUAAAAUCAACAUCGUUCAUCACACGGCAAGUGUUGCGGUGAAUGGAAGUCAAAGAGGAAACCAACCAGCGGAGUCUGAUUUUUACAGCAAGCCGCUUAAAGGACAGCAGUCGGCUUUUUUUCGAAAAUCCGAAAAACGGUGAAUGCAAGUCCUAUAUCGAUUAGAAAUGUGAAGUGAAAGGAUGUUACACAGUCCAUAUCCAGCUUAUCCCUCCUGUUAUAGGAUAACUUGUAUCAGUGCAUCAGUUUGAAUAAUUAUAUGUAAUAUACAAUACAGUGACAGAUUUUCAGCAUCAUAUAGUUUUGCUUUUUGAAAACUUAGAUGUUAGUAUUCCUGUAAUUUUGUAGAUUAAACUGCUUCUAACGGUUUUCUGUCACUGAAUUUGCAGCAAUUCGCUCACAAUUGUAAAUGUUUAAACUCAACCACAAUUUUAAUAAUUAGUGAGGAAAUUGUGUGUUUCUCAUUUUUAUGAGCUUCUCCUCUAGAGAAAGGCAGCUCUCACACCAGCAAGUCUCGGCAUGUAAAACCUCCAAAUGUUUCCCUCUAGAGGGCGUCAUAUCUCUAGAUAUAGCCAUCGCACCCACAGUUGGAAGACAUCUGUAAGUACAGAUGCACCUGUGACCUCCUAUUGACUGGGUGGCAAGCUUUGGAAAAAUGUAUCCAUACAUGUUGAUGUAUGUAAUCAGAAGAUGAGCACAUCAAUUAAUUACUUCUUGCUGUGGCUGCAAACGGGAAGCAUGUGUUCGAUCUUCGCGUCAGCCAAGAAAUGUCAAUAUGAAUCUGAAGGAAAGAAAAUGAAUGCUGUAAGCCGGCUUACUGCGAAGAGCAGAAAUAUUAGGCAUGUUAGGGUAAAAGAAGCUUGAUGUUGCCAGGAAAAUCGUUUUGUUUAGCUGCCACAAUGCAGCCAUCUCUGUGCUUUACAAAUUUAAUAAAUACCCUCUUAGAACGGCGCUUUUAAAUCACGUCAAUCACAUUUGUGAACAGCAAAUAUUUACGGUACAUACUUGUCAAAAAUCUAAAUUUGCUGUGAUUUACACACCCAUUCAGGAACUGGCACAUAUGAGCACAGUCUUUCUCACACUCACAGACACCAGUUUGUUGGUAUAGCCCUGCCUGUGCUUGAAUGAAUGAAUAAGAGCUGCAUGGGGAAUUCAGUGAAUGCAUGGCUAAAUCCAAGCUCAGUCUUGAAACCCAGGCAGAGGCUGAGCUGUGUGCCAACAAAGCAGCUGGGUACACGCCGGGCACAUUUUUCUGUUCAAUCAUGCUCUUUGUGAAUAAUAUGUAUUAAUGCCGUCUCUACUUAGACCUGCCAGUUAGCCUUUGGAGAUGAUCCGGCUUCGGGACCCCAUGGCAUUCGAGGCAUAUGUUUGCCUGUCACCUGCUGAGUUUAUUUCAGUCCGUGCAUCGGGCACGGCCACCGAGAUAGGCCUCAAAUCAUUGUGUAUGCAAAUUUCUGAGCGCCACCACAUGGAAUAAUGCCCUAGUCAGAGAGACAAGGAGAUAGAGAACUUCAGUGGCAUGCAUUGCCCACACAAAACAUGCUUCUAUAUGUGGGCAGCAAUACAUCAAACACACGAUCAAAGACUGACAAACCCUGUACUCUGCAUCCACUUUGAAAAAAAAAUUCUUGUGAUGUUUCUGAAACAUAAAUCUACACACACACUUCCUACAUUGAUCGUAUAUGUUAUUUAACUGACCAAAAUGACACUUUCUGUAUUUCUCUAUUCUGUAACUUUGUUUCUUUUUGGUCACAAAAAGUGGUCACACUUCAUACAAUUGUGAGUUGGAGUUUUUUACCAAAUGUGUAUUUUACUAUAAACAUUUGAAAUCUCUAAAACAUUUAAUUGCAUAAAUGUAUAUGUAUGAACAUGACUUCCAAAGAGCUAUACUACUGUGGUGUGCAAAUUUUAGUAAAAGUAUAGACAUUUAAACAAUAAAUCCACAAAACAUGUAAAAUCGCCUCCAAAUUUUUUGCCAGUACAUUGUCUACUUUUUGCAGAAGUUUAUGGGAAUUUCCAUAAAUUGUAAAAUUCAAUGCAUUGUUAAAAAAAUCC